GGACGUGUUGAACGAGAUUCGCAUUGUGUACUACAAGAAACAGUACGAGCACGUAUGGUACCAAGAAGUGUGCGUUACGGUAUGUUGGGAAGGAACAGAAACUUCACAAUCAAACCGUCCACGAUCGAAGUGCACCUGUCGGGGACAGAAGAAACCUACCACGGAAGCCUUUCGAUAAGGCCUUUUCUAUUGUUGUACAACAAAGGAAUGGAAUGGAGCGACCUUKCUAGAUAGCGUUCGUAUCGCAACGAAGGACAUCGGCAGCAGAGUGCAAAGACCCGAAAGAAUUCAACAGCAUUCUGGUUCAUUCCAACAARCAAAGCAUUGUUCGUUCGGUUCGUUCCGAUCGUUUCGUUUCUCCCGCAAGACGCAACACACCGCRACGCACUACGGAGCAGAAUACGAUGGGACCGGCGGCGGAACAGCACAACAAUGGUUUUCCCGCAUCCGCGGUCGUUCCCCCUCCGGCGGCGUUUCCGACGCUAGCGGGCGAAGCACCUCCCACCAAUGCCGGCACCGGUUGCAGCGGAAGCCUCCGGRCCCCGCGGCGGCCCCCGGGCGACGAAGAAAGGGAGGCCGAAGGGCACGCCUUCGAGRCCARUGCGGCAKCCGCACCGGCCGAAGCCCCCGCGGCCGGUUCGCCGCGAGACCAGGAGCGACUCCCGCCGACGGAAGGAAGCACGAAAGACGCGAAACGACGGGCCGGGGGGAAGCAGGACGCGGCCCGGGGGGUCCCCCGCUCCGAUUCCACGGCCGAUCCGCUGGUUKUGGCCCUGUCGAAGCCCGUCCGGUCCUACCUGGCCUCGAUCGGCGUCACCACCGCCGCCCAGCUCCUCCUCGCCAGGACGACCGACCUCGCGGAGGGCCUCCCCUCCUGGAGGCGCGAGAGGGGCAUGGCCCCGCUCCGGGGCCGGACCGGGRCGCUCUCGUCGGUGAGUGUGUGGAAGAACAAGGUCCGGAGAAGGGCGGCCGCGGUGGGGGCCCACGGCCUGGCGGGGGUGAACGCGGGAACCAACGCCAAGAUUCCGCGRAAGCCGCCUCCGUGAGCCCUGCCAGGAAAGGGCAGGGAACGGUCGUAUACGGGAACUUGGAUCGAGAAAAAAAUAGGAUUCUGCRAURRUGCACKGCAACCGGGGAGAUAUUGGCGGCGACGAUGGARRGAGUUCUCGGCGGUAUGGAAAGGAACUAAACRGAAUGUUUCGU